CACACACACACACACACACCUCUGAGUCUCUCCGAUUUUUUUUUUCCUCAAGGGCUGCAGUCCCUCCCAAGGAGGGGACUGGCCAGCAGCUCUUCCAAGCACACAGUUCUGUCAGGUCCCUCUGAGUGUGCAUAAGCUCCGUCAGAGAGGAGAGAGGGAGAGGGGGAGAGGGGAUCUGUUGCAGGCAGGGGAAGGCGUGACCUGAAUGGAGAAUGCCAGCCAAUUCCAGAGACACACAGGGACCUCAGAACAAAGAUAAGACAUCGCUGACACCACACCGGGGACGGGGACCAGCUCACAGACAAGUCGGGCAGACGGGACCAAGGCCAGGAGCAUACCAGGCAGGAAAAUGAGGCUGCUCCUUCUCUACCAUGCUCUGUGCCUAGCCCUGCUGGAGGUUUCAGCCCAUACCGUGGAGCUAAAUGAAAUGUUUGGCCAGAUUCAGUCCCCUGGCUAUCCAGAUUCCUAUCCAAGUGACUCCGAGGUGACUUGGAAUAUUACUGUCCCUGAGGGGUUUCGGAUCAAGCUUUACUUCAUGCACUUCAACUUGGAAUCCUCCUAUCUUUGUGAAUAUGACUACGUGAAGGUAGAAACAGAAGAUCAGGUGCUGGCAACCUUCUGUGGCAGGGAGACCACGGACACGGAGCAGACCCCCGGCCAGGAAGAGGUUCUUUCCCCUGGCUCCUUCAUGUCCGUCACUUUCCGGUCAGAUUUCUCCAAUGAGGAACGAUUCACAGGCUUUGAUGCCCACUACAUGGCUGUAGAUGUGGAUGAAUGCAAAGAGAGAGAAGACGAAGAGCUCUCCUGUGAUCACUACUGCCACAACUACAUCGGCGGAUUCUACUGCUCCUGCCGCUUCGGCUAUAUCCUCCACACAGACAACAGGACCUGCAGAGUGGAAUGCAGUGGCAAUCUCUUUACCCAGAGGACAGGCACCAUCACGAGCCCCGACUACCCCAACCCUUACCCCAAGAGCUCUGAAUGCUCCUAUACCAUCGACUUGGAGGAUGGCUUCAUGGUCAGCCUGCAGUUUGAGGACAUUUUUGACAUUGAGGACCAUCCUGAGGUGCCCUGUCCAUAUGACUACAUUAAGAUUAAAGCUGGUUCAAGAGUCUGGGGGCCCUUCUGUGGAGAGACAUCCCCAGAGCCCAUCAGUACUGAGAGUCACAUUGUCCAGAUCCUCUUCCGAAGCGACAACUCGGGAGAGAACCGAGGCUGGAGGCUCUCCUACAGGGCAGCAGGAAACGAGUGCCCAAAGCUCCAGCCUCCCGCAUUUGGGAAAAUCGAGCCCUUGCAAGCCGUGUAUUCCUUCAAAGACCAAGUGCUCAUCAGCUGCGACAUGGGCUACAAAGUGCUCAAGGAUAAUGAGGUGAUGGACUCGUUCCAGAUUGAAUGUCUGAAGGACGGCACAUGGAGUAACAAGAUUCCCACCUGUAAAAUUGUAGACUGCGGAGUCCCAGCGGGGUUGAAGCAUGGACUGGUGACCUUCUCCACAAGAAACAACCUCACGACAUACAAAUCCGAGAUAAGAUACUCCUGCCGGCAGCCCUAUUACAAGAUGCUUCACAAUAUCACAGGUGUAUAUACGUGUUCUGCACACGGGGCCUGGACGAAUGAAGUGCUCAAGAGAAGCCUGCCCACCUGCCUUCCAGUGUGUGGCCUCCCCCAGUUCUCCCGGAAGCAGAUCUCCAGGAUCUUCAUGGGACGCCCAGCCCAGAAGGGUACCACUCCGUGGAUUGCCAUGCUGUCACACCUGAACGGGCAGCCCUUCUGUGGGGGUAGCCUUUUAGGUUCCAGCUGGGUCCUGACAGCCGCUCACUGCCUCCACCAUCCACUUGACCCAGAAGAUCCAACCCUACACAGCUCAUACUUGCUCAGCCCUGCUGACUUCAAAAUUAUCAUGGGAAAGCACUGGAGGCGCCAGUCAGACGAAGAUGAGCAGCAUCUGAGUGUGAAGCACAUCACCCUGCACCCGCUGUAUGACCCCAGCACCUUUGAGAACGACCUGGGUCUGGUGGAGCUGUCAGAGAACCCAAGGCUGAACGACUUUGUGAUGCCUGUCUGUCUGCCUGAGCAUCCCUCGGGGGAAGGAACCAUGGUCAUCGUCAGCGGCUGGGGGAAGCAGUUCUUACAUAGGUUUCCAGAGAACCUGAUGGAGAUUGAAAUCCCAAUUGUAAACUCGGACACCUGCCAGGAAGCCUACGCCCCUUUAAAGAAGAAAGUGACCGAGGACAUGAUCUGUGCUGGAGAAAAGGAAGGCGGGAAAGAUGCCUGUGCUGGUGACUCUGGAGGCCCCAUGGUGACCAAAGAUGAAGGGGCAGACCAAUGGUACCUGGUGGGCGUGGUGUCCUGGGGCGAGGAUUGUGGGAAGAAAGAUCGCUAUGGAGUAUAUUCUUACAUCUAUCCCAACAAGGACUGGAUCCAGAGAGUCACUGGGGUGAGGAACUGAGUUGGUUCCCCAGCCCAGCACCCGCUGUGUGGUCAGUCGCCAGCAGAAGAUGAUCGGUGUGAGUCACAUUUCCUCCCCGGCCCUCAAUCUUCACUGCCCAUGCCUGGGUAAUAACGGGAUUCCUUCAGCCCCUUCUCCCUGCUCUUGAGAGAGGCCAAGUAGCAGAAUGGUCAGGGCAAAAGGCUGGAUCUGGGAUUCAUCACUUAGGAUCUUUGUAAUGAUGGACAGCUGACCACCUCUUUAAGCCUGUUUCUUCACCCAUGGGAUGCAAUGUGACUAUACCUUAUCUACCUCACAAGAGUAUGAUGAGGAAAGUUAAUAUAUGCAUAGGACUUAGCCCGUGUAUGAACUAAACGGUGUGUUCCAUACUUGUGACUUAGCGAAAGGCAUCUGGGCCCACCAGGCAGAUGGAGUUCUCUUAUAAACUCCUGCUUGGGUCUCAGGGGUGAUUAGUGACACACCCUCCUCCCACCCACCGCUGUUUUCUUAGUCUGCCCCCUAAAAUCUAAGCUUCUGCAUCAAAUGCAGUCCCCCAAUCCCAGCCCUAAUCUGCCAUAAAAAGGUAAAAGAAAGGAAGGAAGGAAGGAAGGAAGGAAGGAAGGAAGGAAGGAAGGAAGAAAGAAAGAAAGAAAGAAAGAAAGAAAGAAAGAAAGAAAGAAAGAAAGAAAGAAAGAAAGAAAGCUCAUUCUUAGCCCUAUGGUAUGACCCCGCUCACACACCCAGCAAUGUAAUUGGGCACUUGAGCUAAGUACCAAAUGGUAAGACUGACUCAGGGAAGCAGAGGCUGGGAAGGAAUGGUGGACUAUGAAGUCAGAUACCUACCAGCCUCUCUCACGUGUCCCUCUACAAGUUCCUUCCCCUCAUUUUAAGGACCCUGCAAGCACUGACAUUCUAGAAUCGAACAAAGCCGUGUUUUCAAAGUAUACCCCAAGGAAAAUGUUCAUUAGGUUCAAAAGACAAAAUUCUCCUUGCUGCCCCCGCAAUACCCACCUUGGUCCACCACACCCAGGUCCCAAAGGGCAUAACCAGAUCCAAGUGCAGCCAAGGAUCUUCCCUUACUCUUGGGUAGAGUAGUUUCCCGGAGCCCCAACCCCCUUCUCACCCCCAAACAUGGACUGUCCAAGGCAGGCCCCGGCAGGCUCGGUCUCAGGCACCCACUCUCUCCCUCCCCACAUCCUAGCUGACCUUAAGCAGCCAUUGCUCUCAUUCCAUCUGAGAACCUUCCUCUUUGACCUCACCCAAGACAGAAGAUUUUCAAAGGACCAGAAGCCCAGCCCGAGUUUCUGUGUAUGAGAACUGUUCUCCAUAGAAGGCUUUGAUCCUUGAGCUGUGUUGCUGCUGCUAGAGCCUAGGUGAAUUUCUGGUGAAGGAGGAAAACUGUGGGGAAGGGGGACUUGUGGGCAUCAAGCCCAAGGCUGCACACUCAGGGACAACAAUUCACAGCCUGCUUCUGUUCCCCUGAGCCAAUCAUUCUACCUCUGCGGGGUUUGCUCUUGACUCUACAAGGAGAUGGCGCUUGGACCCAAUGAUGAUCAGAUACCUCUCAAGCGAGCUGGUACUCUACUAUACUGUCUUGUUUUGUGUCAAUAUGACACAAGCUAGAAUCAUCAGAGAUAGAAGGAGCCUCGGUUGAGGAAAUGUCUCCAUGAGAUCCAGCUGUAAAGCAUUUUCUCAACCAGUAAUCAAUAGAGGAGAGCCCAGCCCAUGGUGGGUGGGGCCAUCCCCAGGCUGCUGGUCCUGGGUUCUACAAGAAAGCAGGCUGAGUAAGCCAUGGGAAGCAAGCUAGAAAGCAGCACCCGUCCAUGGCUUCUGCAUCAGCUCCUGCCUUCAGGUUCCUGUCCUGGCUUCCUCCAGUGAUGGACUAUGAUCUGGAAGUGUAAACCAAAUAAAGCCUUUCCUCCGCAACUUGCUUUUUGGUUAUGGUGUUUCAUUGCAGCAAUAGAAACCGUAACUAAGACAUCUAUUUCAGUUCCUGAUGAAGAGUUUUGAUGCAGUUUUGAAACUGCUUCGAGGCAACGAGCCUUCCCAUUGCCAGCACUUCCUGAACAGUGUGCUCUUCCAGGUCAUGCUGGCUGCUGCAUCGGGACUGAUGUGGUGAGGAGAGUACAGACCUUGCCUUCCGGAAGCUCCUGGUGGAGGUGUGACACAUAUGUGACCGCCAUAUGGGGAUGACCCCUGACGAGUCUACUUUAGAGAUGUGGAGAUAGAAGGAAGCCCAUCAUGGUAUGGAGUUUGAGGAAAGGGAACACUGGCAAUCAGUUUAAGGGGAGAAGACCUUCAGAAAGUGUGCAUUUCCACAAGUCAGGCCAAGAAGACUCUGGAAGGACAAACAGGAGUCCAUGUCUACUCAGGCUUUCCUCAAUAAUACCAGCUCCUCCCACAAAAAUGAUAUUUCCAGGAAAUCAGCAUUCAAGCAUGAGAGUCAACAUCUAAACAGGCCUCUCCUUAGAAUCAGAAUGCUUAACAACGCUUGAAAAGCCUUGGGAUUCUGGUGCAGACACCAACUUCUGGCUGGGCCCAGUUUAUCCUAUUUAUCCUCCAAAUUACAACUUCAUCCUUAUCCUGAGACAAUAACUAGCUAAUUGGCCCAUGAAACUUCAACCUUGUCCAACAAGCAUUGGAUGAUGUGGCAGUCUGAAUACAUAUGGCCUCCAUAGGCUCAUGUAUUUGAAUGCUUGGUCAUCAGGGAGUGACACUACUUGAGAAUGAUUAGGAGGUGUGGCCUUGUUGGAGGAAGCGUGUCACUUUGGGUGGACUUUGAGGUUUUCAAAAGCCCAAGCCAGGCCCAGAGGCUCUCUCUUCCUUGCUGCCUGUGGAUCCAUAUGAAAGACUCUCAGCUACACCUCAGCCUGUGUGUGAUACCACGCUUCCCACCGUGAUGAAAAUGGACUAAACCUCUGAAACUGUAAGCAAGCCACAAUUAAAUGUUUUCUUUUCAUAAGAGUUACUACGCCUUUAAUCCCAGCACUUGGGAGGCAAAGCCAGGCAGAUCUCUGUGAGUUCAAGUCCAGCCUGGUCUACAGAACGAGAUCCAGGACAGGCACCAAAACUACACAGAGAAACCCAGUCUUGAAAAACAAAACAAAACAAAACAAAAAAGAAGAGUUGUCACAGUCAUGGUGUCUCUUCACAGAAAUAGAACACUGACUAAGACAGAAAUCUAACUACUGUUGUGAUUCAAGAAACCUGACCUCCUAGAACCACAAAAACAGAAAGAUAGUAUAGCCAUAAGGACCACUUUGUCUAAGUUCAUAACCUAAUGCUAACAAACUUGCUACCUUCAAAUCCAGCCAUUCCCUAAACAAUUCUAAAAUGUGCUACCAAUAAGAAGGCCUGGCUUCCAGGCAACUGAAAUCUACCUCCCAAUAAAUGAAUUUGUGUAACGAAAACUGUGAUUUCAUACUGUGAGCACUGUUAUUAACAAUGAUGAUCAUGCCUGGGACUCAUUAGUCAAAGAAGCUGCUGUUCUUAUGGGAAACUACACAUUCGUUCCAAUAAACAUCUGUGUUGAGUCAAAGAGCCCUGCUUGGCUUGUGUGCUUCUUCAUGCACUGAUGAGUCUGGUAAGUUGUUUACAUGUUUCAAAAAUGUGUUCUAUUCGAUUAGGCUCACUGUACCAUGAAGAGAGAGAAACCGAUGGGAAGGUUGAGUUAGAGAUGCAAAAGCAUGUCUCGGGUAUUAUUGAUUCGUUCUGUCUAAAAAUCCUACACUAUUGUCCCUGCAAAUUAUCAAGACACCAUAAAGCCGAUGUCUCAGCACACAAAUUAUAUUACUUGAAUACUACCCACAUCCAGAUCAGAAAGGUUUUUUAUUUUAUUUUUUCAGUUUGUAUGUUCAAUGUCUGCUUCAGAAAAUAUCGAAGCAUGUCUACACUGGCAUAUUCACGAUUGGAAGAUGCACCUGCUUUCUGCUCUAAGUUAAUCUUUUCUACAAAGGCAUGACAAAGAAAAUAAAAAUAAACUACCUAAGAUGCUUUUUAAACAAGAGUUAAGCAAGAUGCAGGGAGAGGAAAUCAGGAUCACUCACAUACAGAGGUUUAGCAAAUCUCAGUCUAGACUGGGUACAGAGACACAGAGAAUCUCAGUCUAUAAUGGGCACAGAGGCACAGAGAAUCUCAGUCUGGAAUGGACACAGAGGCACAGAGAAUCUCAGUCUAGAAUGGGUCUUGAAAUCAAAAGGUAAGAUCUGAAACAGUGAAGACUUCAGUCUAUUCAUUAAACUAAAAGAAAAUAUUGCUUGCCUUCUCUUGUUUGAGAUUACUGAAUCCAUGAAUUGGCGGAUAAGUAAAAAAUUAAGAAAUUAUAAACUUAGACCAAAUCUACUGAAGCUUUCACACACAUUCUCUAAUUGAGCCCCAAGAAUAACCUGCGAUGCAAUUACUCCUGGAAUCCCCAUUUUGCAGUGAGGCCACUGAGUGUCAUAAAGUUCCUGCCACUGAACCUUGAAACAGAAACUCCCCACAGCCACAAACACACCACAGCCCCAGAUCUUGGUGUAUCAUAUAAUUCUCCACGGCCCCGUUGAACAAGGGCCCAUUGAAGUUGAUUCUAGAACUGGGGCAUGAAAUAUAAGAGAGCCUGGAGCAUCUUAUAGUUAGUGCCAGAAAAUAAGGAAACAUUCAAAAACCUCCUCAAUGGUGGGGACAUCUCCAAACGGCACAGAGCCAACCGAAAGAGCCCCAGUGGACAAAGCUGGAACAAUUUGAGCCACAAAACAAAGUGGUAUUGAAUAAUAAUCCAAAAUAUAAAACAAGGAACCACGAGUGCAUAUUUUAUGAAUAAAUUGUUUAAUGAAUACAUAAAUUGUGAGAGUAGCAAGCCUGCUGUGAAGAAACUUGCCUAGCCCUGAAGGGUGAGCAGUACAUGAUAGUUUUCUUCGAGAAAGCACAGAAUGGGGCUGGGCGUAGCUCGGUGGAAGAGCACUUGCCUGACGUGCACAAGGCACCAGGUUCGAUCCCCCACCAUACAGGCAGAAGAAGCAGCUCAGUACAGGAGGAAGGAAGGAGCCACUCCACAGUGCAGACACCGACCGACCUUACCUCAACCAGGAAGUGAAGGAGAAUAGCGACAAUAAGAAGACUGGACUUGGCCCUGCGUCUCUCCAUUCUUCUCCGCAAGCUCUACAACUCCUGUCUAGCUGUGAGAAAUGUAUCAGACACACUGCAACUGAAGAAUAUUCUACAAAGUAUCUGACCAGUGAUUUACAAAACUAUUCAGGUCAUCAAAAAGGAGGAGGAAAGUCACACACACACACACACAAAAAAAAAAAGAACUGUCACAGCCAACAGAAGCUCAGAAUGGGUUCUAUUAUAUCUCCCCAUAAGACAUUGAUGCCCUAAACCCUAGUACUUCCACAUGUGAAUUAUUUAGAAAUAGCAUCAUUACCAAUGGGAUUAAUUAGGAGGAGGUCAUCCUAGAGCCAAUGGACUUUUCAUCCAGGACAACUGUUAUCCUCCUAAGACAUAAACACACAGGGGAGAGCACCAUGUCGGUACAUACAGAAUCCUACAGCCCCAAGUCGGGGAGUGCAAAGAGUCACCAUCAAGACCCCAGAAGACAGGAGCAGGUAGGGAAGAUCUUAGGGCAACACCUUGAUUUUAGACCUCUGGCUUCCUAACCAUACCUCAAAGGCUUUAAACAUUUAAUUGAGGACAUUAAUAUAGGAGACCUCACAAGCAAAAGCUUCUUGUGUGGGAUCCUAGAACGGGGGUAGGGGUUGGAGGAAUGACUUAGGCAGUGACUUAGGAGACUCAAGCAAACUAUGGAUUUGAUUGCUGGUGAUAUAUCCAUGUUGGUUCAUUGGAUACUGCAAAGCAGCGCUCUAAUGUAAACUGAUAGAAAGCAUUUUUUGAAAUGGAUUCAGCUAGUGUCUGAUAUAUCAUGACUCUCUAUGCUGUCAUUACAACCUUUGUAAAUGAAAACUGUUCUAAAACAGAGACUUUAAAACAACAUGUGUGACUUUUCGCCCAGAAGGUAGAAGACACAGGAUUUAAAACCAGUUUCUGAUGGACUCCGGAGCCUAAUCCCCGCGCAAGCACACCAACUUUUGUGAAACGAGGCUACACACAGGAGCCAAAUAGACUCUCGGGUCCUUCUCCUGUCUGGGGCAAGAUCUGAGCAUUUGUGCUUCUUAGAAGACCCCCAGAUGAUUUUAACAGAUGUCCAGUCUGAGAAUUGCUGUUCUGAGCCAUCCUGUCCCUACGACAUGCCCCUUCUGGAAAAAUAUGAGAGCCAUUAUUUCCCAGGCUUCAGCCCUUGACUCAGCUGAUAGGAAACAGGAAUGGGGUAAGGUGUCCUGGUGUUCUAGUCUGUGAUCCAGAACGUUCCUGUGGCUCGGUAGCAAUACCAUCACUAGGACAUUUCUGCCUUAGUGUUUUCCUAAACAGAACUCUUUUACUUCCAAGUAAUAAGCCAAGGAAAGGAAAGCACCCCAGAAACAAGGGAACAGCAUAUUGGGGAACAAGGAGAAGAAAAGGACCCUGGGUCUCUGGGGGAAGCUGAGUGACAUGGUGUCUCUGGAGAGGCAGACAGGCCAGAGGAAAGAACCCUACACCGUCUGGGGACACUGGGGGCUGUUGGGUUGUGAACAGCCCUGAAAGCUUUGGGUUUGGGGCAUGGGGAAACUUGAGCUUUCUGAACAAAGGAGAUGUGUGAUCAGUUUAUCUUUCGAGUGAGGUGUCAACACAGGAAGUGAACUCAGGGAGACCCAAGAUGGCUGCAGGACAUCAGGCAAGAAGUGUUUCUCAGCAAGGUUGAGCCCCUGGGGAGGGGAGCUCUGUGCAUCUGGAGCUCUGAAAGUCUAGGGCCGAGCCUAAAGAAGAUGUCUUUAGCUAAUCUCACCCUCUGUGAAUACUUCCGAGAAAAUUAGCAAAACAAAAAAUUGAGCAGGAACCAAAACACAAAGGGAGUGAUGCUUUCCCAGGUCCCUGGUCUUUGUCUAACCGCUGGCAACAUGCUAGGAAGGAAGCGUGGGCUACUCUGAGCUUGAGACACGGAGACAAACAGGGCCUGCGAAGUGCUCUCCUGCAUCUGGUAUGCAUUGGUCUUUUUUUUUUUUCCCCAAAAAAAAAGAUCAAGAAAAUGUCAUUUGGAUGCAAAAACAUGGGCUCAAUUCCCAGCAAUGAGCUUCUGAUCACAGGGAAGAAGAGCCAGGACCAUUUCAACAUCAAGGCAGAUCACAAAGGCUCCAAGGAAGUUCCCCCAGAGGAGUGGGCGACAAAGCAGUGUUCUGACAAAGAGAAGGUGUGUCUAGUCCAAGUGGUGCCCUGGGCAUGCGUGCGUGCAUGCUGAAAGACAGACAGGUCAGAACAGGCAGGAGUGUCCCUCCCUGACAGCUUCUGCAAGUCCUGUGGUGGCCCCUACAAAGUAAGAGGUCUCUAUGGCAUGAAUAUGGGUAGAACCCCCUGCUCAUAUGUCAAGGGGUGGCUGCCAUAAGGCCUGAGUGAACACUGAGGUUUUUGAAGCUCUGCAUAUGGUUCUAAUGAACAUCGUUUGAGAGCCACCGUUCUAGACUAUCCUGCCAGAGUGCACCCUCUGAGGAAUGUGGGAGCCUGUUUUUCCCAGACUUAUGACUUGGAUUGAGGUCAUUCAGUUGGUAAGAAACAGAGACAGAGGAGGUACCAGGGUAGCGUUGCUCAGAGGUGCUAGAAUUUUUAGGAGGUGGGGCUUAAUGAGAGAUGCUUUGGUCAGUGGGGCUGCACCCUCAAAAGAUUGUGGUGAUCCAUUCACUCCCCUUCUCUGUUUCAUGGCUUAAAAUAUUAGUGUUUAGUCUAACUCACAUGCUCUACCAUUAUUAUCCAAUGCCUUCAGGAGAACCGGGCCAAAAGAAGCAUUAUGCUCUUGAGUCUCUAGAACCCAUAGCCAAAAUAGGUCUUUCUUUUUGUAAGUAUCCUGCAUCAGCUAUUUGUUACAGUAACAUGACAGCUAACUGAUAUAAAGGUUAUAUCCAGUCUAUAGCGAUAAACCAGCACCAACCAGAGCAAGUCCUGGGAUCCUCAGUUUCCAUACAGACACAGCCCAGGCCCAUAGGCUGACCCAGUUAGAAAAUGGGGACUUUUCUCUUCCCUUGGGUUAUUUAUCAUGCGACAUGUGACACCUUUUCCAAACCCUAAAGCCAUGUGGCUUAUUUAAUCCAUGCCCAUUAAAGGCCAUACAUGCCCAAGGUCUGCCAAUGGGACCCAUGACAACUGGAUUUAUUCCCCUAAACAGCUCUACAACAUCUCUGUUUUGGCGUGACCCUGUGUGUCCCUAAUUGGCAGUCUAGGCCUCCCACUAAGUCAUUUUUAUUUUAGUGCAUUUUUAAAUUAUGAAAUACUUCAAACACACUGGGAAAAAAAUAUAGACACUAAUCCAUGUCCCGCUCGGAUGUGAUGCAACAGCACUCAGUGUGAGGAAUCCCGACAGGAUUCCAACUCAAGCAGUGAAAUGGUGUCAUGAGGGGAGCCAGCUGGGCCCCCUGAAGAGAGUUCUGACGCUGUCUGUGAAGACCUCGAGCCCAGUUCCAGCUCUGUUUCUGGACUCAAACUCUCUAUCACAUAUGUUCUCUGUGCCUCCAUCUCAGUCUCCCCCUGUGAAUUCCCCUUGUCUUUUCAGCCUCUCUCUGUGGAAAGCCUCGAGUUCCAGUCUUCAGGACUCUUCUCUGCCUGCUCAUUCCUGGACAGUGUCACUUAGUCUCUAGACAUUUGGUGUCAUCUAAACACAGAUGACUUCCUGUUUUUCUCUAGCUUGGACCUCCCUUCUGAUCUACUGAUACCUCACCAUUUCUUUUCUUUUUUGGUUUUUUCGAGACAGGGUUUCUCUGUGUAGCUUUGUGCCUUUUCCUGGAACUCACUUGGUAGCCCAGGCUGGCCUCAAACUCACAGAGAUCCGCCUGGCUCUGCCUCCUGAGUGCUGGGAUUAAAGGCGUGCGCCACCACCGCCCGGCCCUCACCAUUUCUUAUAUCCAAUGUCUAAAAGAAUGUUUAAAGAAAAUCCUAGGGGCUGGAGAGAUGGCUCAGAUGUUAAGAGCAAUGACUGCUCUUCCAGAGGUCCUGAGUUCAAUUCCCAGCAACCACAUGGUGGCUCACAACCAUCUGUAACGAGAUCUGGUGCCCUCUUCUGGCCUGCAGUCAUACAUGCUGUAUACCUAAUAAAUAAAUAAAUCUUUGAAAAAAAGGAAAAUCCUAAACAUCCCAUCCCAAACCAUUCCCCCAGUAUUGCCCCAAAUCAUUCCUUGUGGUAGCCCCCAUCUUAGGAAGUGGCAACCCCAUUCUUCCGGUUGCUUAGGUCAACCCCCAGGGCCCUACACCUCUCUCCCUUAUAAAGCUCCCUGAGUCAUCAGAAGGUCUUCUCCACUCCGCUUUUAAAAUGCACACACUUGCUGACCCCACAGUGCCAGCCUCCACCCUACAACAGACCUCCAUUGCCUCGUGCGAGCAUAUCCUCAAUAAUCUUUCCUUUUCUCAGCCUUGUCCCUCAGCAACCUAUUAACACAGUGUCAGUCAAUUAGAUAACAUCACUCCCUGAAGGUGGUCUAAAUGACAAAUGUCCCUCAUAGUCUCUGGCAUUUGAAUUCUUGGUCCCUAGUUGGUGCUGUUUGUGGAGGUUUAGGGGUUGUGGCCUUGCUGGAAGAAGUAUGUAACCAGAGUUGGGCUAGAAAGUUUAAAGGCUCAUGCCAUUUGGGGUUCACUCUCUCUGUUUCAUGUGGUUUGAUGUGAGCUCUCAACUGUUCUAGCUACAUUGCCUACUUGAUACCACACUUCACCAUUUGAUGGUGACAGACUCUUUUUUCCUCAUAAGCCCAAAGUAAACCCUUCCUUCUAUAAGUAGUUUUGGUCGUGGAGUUUUAUCACAGCAAUACAGAGUAACUAAUUCAGGAGAUGAUACCAGGAUGGAGGCUGGUGCUGUGGCACAUAUGACCAUACUGGUCUUUGGAGGAAUGGGGGAGGUUCUGGGACUUUGGGCUAGAAAGGUGGUUGAACAUUGCAAGAGAGGCUUAUUGGGCGAUCCCAGCAGUAGCUUGGAAGACAGUCAUGCUGAGAGUUAAUGUGGACUGUGGAGGACCAGAUUAAGAGGCUUCAGAGGGGAAUAUUAUUAAUACCUGGCUAGAGACCAUCCUUGUGAUAGUUUGGGAAAGAAUGUGACUGUUUUCUGUCCUUAUCCUAAGAACUUGCCUAAGGAUAAAUUUAAUAAUAAGGAUAAAUUUUAAAAAUUGAAGAAAUAAGGAUAAAGCAAUGGACUAAUUUCUUUGGCAGAGGAGAUUUUAAAACAGCCUAAUGUUGACCCUGUCACAUGGUUUGUUAGUGAUCACUCUUAUGCGGGCUUUAUGUCACAGCCAAAACUUUUAUUACAAGAGAUAAGCUUGAUACCGUUAAGGAGGUGCCAAAUCUGCAGUGGAAUAAAGGGAAGGGUGCCAUUAAGGCAAGACCUUGUCCAGCUGAGUCCCCACCUUGUGAAAGGAAAAGGCCUGAGAACAUUCUGCUUCUAGACAUGAACAACAAACACAAGGUGCUGCAAAUGUGGUUCAAGGAGUUGGGGUUCAUCCUAGGUGGAUACCCAAUUUGACAGUGUCGUCUGCCUGGUCCUGACUUUAGAAUCAUGAAUACCAUAUGAGUAAAGGGGUCAUGGAAUCCUCCCCUAUAGUUUCAGAGAGCCACUGAGGCCAAGCGUGUGGCAGGGGUGUCCCUGCAUGGAAGCCCUGAGAGGCCAUUGUGUUCAACUGUGAAAGUAGAGUCUGGGUUGCACUGGAGACAUCAAGAUGUGGCAGAUGCCAGGGAGUCUUGAGAUAUCUGCCAAAGGGAGUAGCACGCAGGCAGUGGCACCAGCCCCAAAGACAGGAGCCUGUCACAGGCAGCAAAGCUGGGAGGGCGGAGCCCUCUGAGCCCUCUGACAUCAGACACGGAGCUACAGGAUGGGGGGUUUGCCCUGCUGGGUUUCAGUCUUGCUUUUUUGGUUCAAUAUUUUACUCACUAUACCCCCUGUCUUUCCUUCUGGAAUGGCAAUGGAUAUUCUGUAACAUUAGAUUUUGGAAGUACAUCAUUUGCUUUUUGAUUUUACAGGAUAUUCCAGUUAAGAGAUUGCAGCUGAUCUCCGAAGAGACACUGGACUUUGAAACUUUGAAGAGUGUUGAAGCUGAAAGACUAGGGGACUUUAGGAGCUGAGCUCAAUGCAUUUUGUAUUACAAUAUGGCCACAAGUGUACGGGAGCUAGGGAGUAUGGUGUCGUGGUUAGAAUGAGAAGGGCUCGAGUCUCUGGCAUUUGAAUAUUUGGUUUCCCAUUAGUGCUUCCUGGGGACACUUAGGAAGUGUGGCCUCGCUGGCAGAACUAUGGCUGGGGGUGGACUCUGAGAGUUUAAAGACUCAAGCCAUUUCAAGUUCACUCUCUGUUUCCUGCUUGCAGUUUGAGAUGUGAGCUCUCAUCUGUCCCUGAGGCUAUGCCUGGUACCUGCUACUGUGCUUGUCCACCAGGAUGGUGAUAGCCUCAUCCUUCUGGAACUAGAAACCCUAAACAAACCUUUCUUCUAUGUUUCCUUGGCCGUGGUAUUUUAUCACACCAAUAGAAAAGUAACGCAUACACCCAUUGUUCAACUCCAGUGACUUCCUGUCUGAUUUAUAUUAAAAACCAACAUCUCGGCAGUGGCUUAGGUCUGUGAUCUGUGGGUUAUAUGCUCAGAGUCCACUUCCAGUUCUUUUACACUCCAGUCACAGGAUUGCUCCUAUUUCAAGGCCUUGGCACGAGCCACUGUUCCCAGUUCCUUCCAUUCUCCUUUCAAAUGUUCCUUUGUUACUGAGACCCUCGCUAGCUAUCCAAUCCAAAUGUGCAACUCCAUCCACUUCUCUUUCUAUUCGUUGUACUUUAUUUGUCCUUCUAAUCUUAAAAAAAAAUGAUUUAACAUGUCAUCUGUCUUAUUACUAGCGAGUCUACCCUCAUCAGCAGGAACUAGUUAGUCUACUAUCAUCAGCAGGGACUAGUUAGUCUACUAUCAUCAGCAGGGACUAGUUAGUCUUUUAGCUCUCUGUUAUGUACUGCAUGCCUAGAACAACGUGCAGCUCAUUUAAAAUAUGCACUCAAUAGACAUUUGUUGAGUGAAUAAACCCUGCACAUAGCAAAUAUCUUAUUACAUCUGAGACUAUUUACGAAUCCAUAGAAAAGCCAAAGUAGAGAAUUAGCAGACUUAUUAUAAAAAUGAGGAGAUAAAACUGCCGCCCCGCUAAACCAGUAUACUUCCUACCUUCACUCUGAAUACUUAUCCUUACUCCCUCAGACAAGAACAGCUCUCACCCCUCAUCAAAAGAAGUUUCCUUUUUCAGCAGACAGAGGCCAUCACAGAAAUCUACAGCUGAUCAAAUUGCCAGGAACAAGUGACCAGUAGAUGCCCAGUCCCAGCCAAUACAUGUGCAACGCAAUCCCUCACCUAAGGUUCGGGAACCAUUGCAGAAGAGGCAGCACAAAGAUACGGGACACCAGAGAGCCUGCUGUGAGAGAGCAUCUUCUAUGUGAGGCAGGGACACUGCACCCUUGAAACCUCAGCAGUCUGGUCACCUAAACAAGACAAUGACAACACGAGUGGACAUGGAGAACACCAAGGUGGGGCAUCUCAUAAGGUCUUUCCCCUCCAUGAAGAGCUGUAGGCGAUCAGUGGCUUCUGAGAGAGGGAGAAUCAGUCCUCUCCAGAGAUGAGCUUCCUAAAAAGACUAUCCGCUCACAAGCAGCCCAAAACAAAUAUGCAUAUGAGCCGCAUUAAACAGACUCAACAAGCUGUACUUAUAUACACAUAUGUGUGUAUAACAGUUAUUGAAUAAGAGAGAAAGAAUUUGAGAGGAAGUGGGAAGGACACGAUGGGGGAGUUGGGGAUAGGAGGGGGUGGAAAUGAUAUAAGUACGGCACUUGUGUAUAAAAUUCUGAAUGGUUUUUAAUGGCCUGAAUAAAAAAGAUCAUGAGAGAAUAAAACGCAAGCUGAAACUUCAUCAUUACCACCCGGGUCUCUGCAUAAGGCCAAGCCUUUCAAGGUGACUUCCUUUCAAAAUAACCAUCUUUAGAGGAAGACAAGGGUGUUAGAUAGAUGAAAGUUUGCUUCAGAAGAAUAAAGGGAAGGAAGAUGCUAAGAAUUUAUCAGGUAAGAAAGACAAACUCCAGAUGGACAAAGGCAUAUGGAAAUCCUGGGGUAACAGUUCUGUAGUCCAUUGGAAGGAUCAAUGUCAAGAAGUCCCUGAAGAUGGCCAAGGACAGGGAUAACUGAACAGGGUGGAAGCAAGGUCAACAUGUGAAGGACCCUUCAGCUGCUCCCCCUUUGCUCUACAAACACGAAAACUGAGACUUUAUGCAGGAGAAAACCCAGGUCACCUGAGGCCAGCAGCCCAGGUAAUGGUGAGCCAGCACGACAAAGGUGUCUCACUCCCGGGCCAGUGAGAUUUCUGCACCAGACACACACACACCUGCCUCCUCGGGGAAAAUCAGGGGGCUUUCAUUCCCCUGCUGCAUUUGCACCAGGACCCAAACAAUGCCAGAAAUGACUCCAAAGGAAAUUCCUCAGCUGGGAGUCCAACAGAGAGACAGAAUGAGACUUGGAAAAGCACUAAAUUCUUCCCGGGGUAUUGUAACCAGUAAGAAUGGAGCCCCCAAACCACUGGUGUUUUCUGUUGAAAUUCUUUUAAAAUAGCAAUCUUUGAAGAACGAAGUGUGGUCACCAUGCUUCUAGAAAAGUGAAGUCACUGCUGUGAAAUAAAUAGAAAGACAAGAAAAGAAAUCACUGUGGAUGUGUGAAAAUAAGCCUGCUCUUAACCUGGGCUGGGAACUCGAUCCCUGUGGCUUGCUUUUUCCUUAAGCAUUGACCAACAGCAUUUGACUGAAGUCACAAAGCAGAGAGAGUCUAUCAGGGCUCAAAGGAGAGGAGACUAAUUAAAGGGUGAAAGGGCAUGUGCAUUCAGUAAAAAGCAUGUGCUGUGUGGCAGGCAUGGCCCCAAACAGUACUCUAUCUUAUGGCAUUAUCCCCAUUUUGUUGGAGGGAGGGAAGAGACUCAAAAUGCUCAGAUAACUUACUUAAGGUAUGGGCUGCUAAGAAGCAGGGUUAAGCCUCAAGUGAUUCCCAGCCCCAUGUCCUAUGACCUUCUUUGAACCCUUGACACACUGUGCUGGUCAGGCUCUUAAUUUGUCUAGGCUACGGGUCCUCAUCUAUAAGAUACGCGUCCUGUAUCUUUAUUUUACAGGUGCGUUAAUUUUCCUCCUGUUAAGUUUCUCAGGUCUCGGGACUGAGGGGACUUCUCCAGAAGGCCACCACCCUGUCCUCGUGGGUUUGGGGACAUAAUCAAGGCAGUACUUCUUGCUGACCCUGCACUAAGCAUUCCAGCCCCUGGAGCUGCGUGUAGUGCCUAUAGGUCUCCUCUUGGUGUGAACAUCAAAAUCAGUGCGCAGGCACUCCAGUGGGAGAAGGGCCAGGCUUCUGGAAUGUUCCCUGAGGAGUUUAUUUAUAACACAGAGUACAUCUAACAAGUUCAUCAUGUUGCAUGUGGCAUGUGGAACCGUCCUAGAGAAUUCUGCAAAGACAAUGAGCCCACAAGCAAGCCUGGAAUUCCCUCUCUGUCACAAGUAUGGGGACAACAGGGGAGACAAGUGAGAGCAGAAUAUGAAAACCCGAAGCACCUCCCUGCCACGGCAGGAAGUGUCCUGGGAAAGCUGCAGAGUCCAUCUCUAGGUAAAGGUUGCAAUCUGUUGUGUAGUAGUUUUGUCCUCCUUUAAACAUUUUUCUCUAGGAGUUGAGACCCCUUAAAACUCAGGAACUAAAUGAAACUUACAAGCUUGGAAAGUAGACAAAACUCACAAAUCUCAGGAAAAUUCUAAAUCUCCCAAGAUGCACAAGACCCCUCACCAAGGUAAGUAGUCAUAAUUGCCAGGGAGAGUCCCAUCCUCCAAAGGUCCUCUAGGUGGUGCAGGAAGCUCCAGGGUCACCGCUUUUGUGGGUCCUCACCCGCACUUGAGGGAGGACACUCUUUCAGUGUCGCAGCUGCCUUCGAGUUCCUCAUACUUCUGUAAGUAACCCCAAUAAACAUUUCACUAAGCUAGUCUUGGGUGGACUUCUUUCUUUAUUUGGGGUGAGUAGAUGUUGGUCUAGUGUCUCUCUAGGAAAAGACACAGCAGACUCCUUGCUCUGCAUCUCCUUACAUGUUUGGGGACAAAAUUCUUCUACACUCUGAUCACGUUUUGUCAUCUGGGUAAUAAAGUGACUGAGUCUCUAAUGGGUCUUCCAACAAUUGUAUUCAUGACUUUGCAAAUAUUUGCUUUCCGAAAUGUAGAAGGCAUGCCAUUCCCUGUGCUCACACAGAAGCACAAGGGGGAACAAGAAUGUUAAACACACAGGAUUGUCUCUUCGAAAGGAGAGAUGUGUAACCUAUUUUCCACCCAGAAGGCUGGGAAAGGAUGGAGUUAAUAGCCUAGUGACCUUUGCUCUCUCUGUAUGGCCGAGACCACACUGGCUCCUCCCCCACAUCCUUAUCUUGAGGUUGUUUUCUCAAUUGAUCUACAGAACCUAUCUUUAUGGAAGAUGUCCCAUGUACUUUACAAAGAAUUUCAAUAUGAUCAUGUCUUAAGCUUUGUUGAGCAUACAGGAUUGAGUUAAUUAUCACCAGGAAAAAAAAAGUUUUUUUUUUCCAAAUUGUGCUGUGCUUAAAUAUGCCUAAAAUAAAUGACUAGGAGUCAGAAUCUGGAAGUUUGAACCAGCACCAGCUACUGAAUUGUGUUGAACCAAACUGCCUUCUUGCCUCUCAGGGACCACUACUGUGCUUGCUGUGGUGUUUGCAGAGACCCCCACACUCAAACCUAAACAGCCUUAGAGUUAUAAAGAGGGUCUAUGAGAGCCAAAACAGAGCAGGCAACAAGUAUUCUCAACAGAAACACCGGGUUUAUCAUCGCAUUAACAAAAUGGAGAGGAAGUAAUGGAUACAGGAAACUAGAGACUAUUGGAAUUCACCUGACAGAGAGAAAAGAGGAACAAAUACAACUGUGAGAAGAAGUGUCCCCACUGCCCUGUGCGGAGCUGGUUCCAUGGCAGUAACCACACUGUCCUGUGCAGAGCUGGUUCCAUGACAGCAUCCCCACUGAUCUGUGCAGAGCUGGUUCCAUGGCAGCAUCCCCACUGCUCUGUGCAGAUGCUGAUUCCAUGACAGCAUCCCCACUGCCCUGUGCAGAGCUGAUUCCAUGGCAGCAUCUCCACUGCCCUGUGCAGAGCUGGUUCCAUGACAACAUCCCCACUGCCCUGUGCAGAUGCUGGUUCCAUGACAACAUCCCACUGCCCUGUGCAGAGCUGGUUCCAUGGCAGUAACCGCACUGCCCUGUGCAGAGCUGGUUCCAUGACAGCAUCCCCACUGAUCUGUGCAGAGCUGGUUCCAUGACAGCAUCCCCACUGCCCUGUGCAGAGCUGGUUCCAUGACAGCAUCCCCACUGCCCUAUGCAGAGCUGGUUCCCAUGAGGCCGAGAACAAGAGGAGCACUUAAAGGCAUUGCAGGAAAAUGGUGUACUAGGAAACUCCAAGCCUGUGUUCCCCCACAGAAACAUUAUAAAAUGACUAGAAGAUGGCUAAAAUAACCUUAUAGAUUAUUAUACAACCCUGGAGCUCAGUCAAACACAUGGAAAUCUUAGGAAACGUUUUUUUUCUCCCCUCAGCUCACCUCUCUCCGAGAGGGAUUGGAAGGGACCUUAAGCUCAAAGUCUAGACUUUAUCUGCAAUAUUCUAGUCUGUCUUAAAGGACUGGCCUCUGUCUUGCUAUGGUCUCAGAUGGAGUGCCGCUCUUAAGGCAGAAGAGAGACUAUACACCUACAGAUACUUAAAACAAGACAUUACAUAUGGAACCAAAGAACAGAACAGCAAGACUCGGAGACACUGGAAACUGAAGAGAUUCGGCAGCAGCUGUACAUGUGAAGGACUUGAAAGGCCACAAGCCCAGGCACAGGAUGCCCAGAGAAGACUCAGGGAGACCUCAGCGUUGACUUCUUGUGUACUCACUGAGUGAAAAACUUCUGUGGCCCAAAGCUAGUCUGCAAAGACUGGGAGAGCUGACUAUUUUUCUAAAUGCUGCUCUUUACUAUUUUAUUUAUUUAUUCAUUCAUUUAUUUGGAUGGAUAGAUAGAUGAUAGAUAGAUAGAUAGAUAGAUAGAUAGAUAGAUAGAUAGAUAGGUAGGUAGGUAGUGGAUGAUAGGGAGAGAGAUAAUAGAUAGAUAGAUAGAUAGAUAGAUAGAUAGAUACAUAAAUACAUAGAUACGUAGAUACAUAGAUACAUAGAUACAUAGAUAUGAUGAUGGAUAGAUAGAUGAUAGAUAGAUAGAUAGACAGUAGAUUAAUUGAUAGAUGAUAGAUACAUGAUAGAUAGAUAGAGAUAGAUAGAUAGAGAUAGAUAGAUGAUUGAUAGAUAGAUAGAUAGAUAAUGAUGAUAAUGGAUAGAUAGAUGAUAGAUAGAUAGAUAGAUAGACAGUAGAUUAAUUGAUAGAUGAUAGAUACAUGAUAGAUAGAUAGAGAUAGAUAGAUAGAGAUAGAUAGAUGAUUGAUAGAUAGAUAGAUAGAUAGAUAGAUAGAUAGAUAGAUAGAUAGAUGGAUAGAUAGAUAGAUAAUGAUGAUAAUGGAUAGAUAGAUGAUAGAUAGAUAGAUAGAUAGAUAGAUAGAUAGAUAGAUAGAUAGAUCAGACAGACAGUCUGAGUGUACAGGUAUAUGUGCAGUCACAUGCACAUGCCAUGGUGCAUACAUGGAGGUCUAUCCUAGUUUUCUUUCUAUGGUUGUGGUAAACACCAUGACAAAAAGCAACUUGGGGGAUGAGCUGGCUUACACAUCCCAGGUCACAGUCCAUCACCAAAGAAAGUCAGGGCAAGAACUCUAGCAGGAACCUUGGCAGCAGGAGCCAAAGCACAGGCCAUGGAGGAAUGCUCCU